GCGUAUUUUAGGGUCAACUGCUGCCCCACGCCCAGCGCUGAUAUCAUUCAACUCUCUAACCUUCCCCGAACGCUCCCUCUCCCACUUCUCUUCUCUAUUAACAUUAACUUUCCUUAUACUCGCGUUUUACUUUUAUCAAUCACAUCGCAUUGUUCCUCACCCCUUGCUAUCUCAACUAAAACCACCACAAUGGUCGGAAUUGGUCCCAAACGUCCCCCAUCCCGCAAGGGUGAGUUUGUUAUCAGCAAUGCCCCGCCACGGGUUUACCGAUUCGGCUUCUAAUCAUCGGCAUCCCGUCUACAGGAUCGAUGCAUGAGCUCCCCCAGAACUUGUUGGAGCAGAUUAAGCAAUUCGAGGACAUCUUUACCGUGGACGGUACCAAACUCAAGCAGAUUGUGGACCAUUUCGUGAAGGAGCUCGAAAAGGGUGGGUUUUCACCGGUCCGUUCGGCUGAUGGAGGUUGAAGGCUGAUCGAUAGCGGAUUAGGUCUAAGCGUCGAGGGGGGGAACAUUGUGAGUUCCUUUCCGGAGAUUUCACUUCACCCUUUAUAACUCAAAAGACUAAUUCAUUUCUCCAGCCAAUGAAUGUGACCUGGGUCAUGGGAUUCCCCGAUGGCGACGAGCAGGGAACCUUCCUCGCUUUGGACAUGGGCGGCACCAACCUGCGUGUCUGUGAGAUCACCUUAACAGAAGAGAAGGGCGCUUUCGACAUCACUCAGUCCAAGUACCGUAUGCCGGAGGAGUUGAAGACGGGCACCGCGGAGGAGCUGUGGGAAUACAUAGCCGACUGUUUGCAACAGUUCAUUGAAUCCCACCACGAGGAUGAAAAACUGUCUAAACUACCAUUGGGCUUCACCUUCUCCUAUCCUGCUACCCAGGAAUAUAUUGAUCAUGGUGUCCUCCAGCGUUGGACCAAGGGCUUCGACAUUGACGGAGUAGAGGGCCAUGAUGUCGUCCCCCCAUUGGAGGCAAUCCUCAGGAAAAGAGGCCUUCCUAUCAAGGUUGCUGCUUUGAUCAAUGACACUACUGGCACCCUGAUCGCCUCUUCUUACACUGACUCAGAUAUGAAGAUUGGCUGCAUUUUCGGCACUGGUGUCAACGCCGCCUACAUGGAAAACUGCGGCUCGGUUCCCAAGCUUGCACACAAGAACUUACCUCCAGAUAUGCCCGUGGCGAUCAACUGCGAGUACGGUGCCUUUGACAAUGAGCACGUCGUGCUGCCCCUCACCAAGUACGACAUCAUCAUCGAUCGUGACUCCCCUCGCCCAGGACAGCAAGCUUUCGAGAAGAUGACUGCAGGUCUUUACCUGGGAGAAAUAUUCCGUCUGGCCCUCCUGGAUCUGUUGGAGACGAGGCCUGGUCUGAUUUUCCAGGGUCAAGACACCUCCCAGCUCCGGAAACCAUAUCUACUGGACGCGUCCUUCCUCGCAGCUAUUGAGGAGGAUCCGUACGAGAACUUGCAGGAAACUGAAGAACUCAUGGAGCGCAAGCUAAACAUCAAGGCGACCCAGCAGGAGCUGGAAAUGAUCCGUCGCUUGGCGGAGUUGAUCGGCACUCGUGCAGCUCGUCUGUCGGCGUGUGGUGUGGCCGCGAUCUGCAAGAAGAAGAACAUUGAGUCUUGCCAUGUGGGCGCGGACGGCUCUGUCUUUACGAAAUAUCCCCACUUCAAGGCCCGUGGAGCACAGGCUCUGCGCGAGAUCUUGGACUGGGCACCUAACGAGAAGGACAAGGUGGUCAUCAUGGCUGCUGAAGAUGGUUCUGGUGUUGGAGCGGCUCUUAUUGCUGCAUUGACAUUGAAGCGGGUUAAGGCAGGCAUCAGCUGCGGUAUCCGGGAUAUGGCUGAUAUGCAGAGUCUUAUCUAAUACGUGGGCAUUUGUCAACUUUGAUCUAACUCCGGGCGCUCAUCAUUGGAGAUGCAUCUUCAC